AUGGAAAUUGAUCUCUCAAUAAAAAAAGGUGACAAGCGUUCACGUUUGAGACGCCGCGUGAAAAGCUUUUCGGCUGGCAGUCUGCGUCCGUCACGAGCCGUACAUCCGGAUCAGUCUACUUCACGUCAGCCGACACCCGAACCUCAGACAUCGUUGUCCAGUAGACCCACACCGUCGCCACAGCCGACACCCGAUUCCUAUCAAGAAGAGCAACAACAACAGGUGUUUACGUUUAGCAAUAACUUUGAAUCGUCGACUACCGAUACUGGCGAUCCGUAUCACUACCUGACCGCAAACAGUAUGGGCAAUAGACAUAAUCGGGUGUCGGAAGUACAUCAAAACAGCAAAGAGGAUAAGGGAUUAUAUUUGGCCAGUGAUAAAGUGCUCGAUAUUAUCGGUUAUUUUAAUUACUCGUCGAUCAUAUCGCACGGUUUGGACGACUAUUUUCAUGGUAUAAUCCGGGGUAAACUUGAACGUACGUCCACCCUGUCCUACGACACACUGUUGACAACAUUCGCAUGGAUUAUAUUCAUACGUAACAUUGGUCUGGCCUUCAUCGAGGACCUGGAGUGGCGAACACUGUUGGGCGAAACGGAACGGAUUAGGCCGGAGCGCCAAUUGAUUAUGGUUUGCACCAUAUGGUCGAUAUACUAUACAAUCGUGUUUAAAGUCUACGAUAGUUCAACAAAAUCAAAAUAUUUUACAUGGCUUUCACCGUUUCAGGUGCUCAGAGGCCAAUCAGCCACCAAAGCCUACGGAUUGUCCACCAAAAUGGCCGAAGAUUGGCACAAAUAUACGAUAAACAAGUGGCGCCGUUAUAUGUUGGUCACAAUGAUACGGGCACUGGCAGGCAUUGGCUUUAUUUUAUGGGUCUGUACGGAGAGAUGGAAAUUCAGUUCCCAGUUCUUCAACAUAAUGCAAGUGUUUUGGUCGGCACUGAUGAUACUCUGGAUGUUCAUCACCACAAACAUGCUGUACGUUACGUACAUCUACUUUAACUCUCUGUGCUAUUACUUUAAGAUACGCUACGAAAAGAUCAAUUAUGACAUCGAGACGAUAAUAGUAGACGCGAGUCGGAUGAAGUCCAGCGAUCGGUCGGCACUAUUGUAUCACAUCCUUGUCGAGCACAACGAACUGUGUAUUAAGAUCUUCGACUAUAACCGGUUUUGGGCCAAAUGGCUGAUGAGUACCUACUUUUUUAUGGGCGCCCAACUGUGCUUUACACUGUUUCAGGCACUGUUUACUACCAAUCCAUUACUGGUUCGCGUAUUGAUGUUUGUCUUGGCCUCCGAAUCGGCCUAUAUAUUGACCACUAUCUCUGUCAAUGCCGCCAUACUCUCUAAUGCGGCACAUCAAUCUUAUACAAGAUUAAUACGGGUAACAUUUGAUAAAUACCCGGUUGAACUACAGAUACAGCUUCGUAUGUUUAUUCAGCGACUGUCUGGUCCAACGAUCGGCUUUUAUUGCUUAGAUCUGUUUGAGAUCACAUAUACCACAUAUGCCAGUAUUGUGGCGGCUUUGGGUCAAAACUUUUUGCUGAUCGUCGACUUUGUCCGCUCGUACGCCGAAGUGGGCAAAGAGGACGACAGUCUCGAGUACGCCUUCUCCCAGUUUACCGAAACGGUAUACAAUACGACAUUGACGGCCAUGUCGUUGACCGGUUUGACUACCGAAAGCAGUAUUCAUACGGUGGUAUCGGCGACGAGCCUCAGGAGAGACAACUUAUAA